ACAAAAUCGCGGGUGGGAUUCACCACCAAACGAGUCAACGACACAGAGCAGACCUGCUGUUAGGCCUGCACCAGAAGAAAGAAGCCUGCGAGUCUGCGACUUGAUCUGAGACUGUAGUCCAAUCGCGGCCUCACAUACGCCAGCUGUCAAGCACUUGUCUGCCACGCUGCCUGCAUUUUCCAACCAUCUAGAGUAGAUCCACGCGCUGGUCAUUGGUCGAUACCGCCAGUUCUAGGCUCGUCGUCCUGUACAAGUUCUCUUUGCCAUUGCGCUCAUUGCUACAAUGGCCACAACCGGAUAUCACACACCUUCCAGCGCAAGUCACCCACGACCGCUCGCAAUACGCUAUGGUCCGAUUGAGCACGCCAUCCUGAUUCCCUCUUCCCAAUAUCUACUUGCAUCUCAAGCUCGCGACCAACUCCUCCUGUCCCUACCAGCGCCAUCAGCAGACAACGAGCUCUCUGAAGAGGGUCCUUGCAGCGAAACUGAGCUCGUUGGCCGUUUCUUGGGCAAAUUAGCCAAUCUGACAAGCGAUGAUCCAACUACAUACGAGGAUCUCCUUGUAUCGGUCGUGACAGAGUUCGAGCGCUCCUUCCUGAAAGGUAAUGAGGUACAUGCGGUUGCCGCCCAACUCCCUGGAGAGCUAAGCAACAAAUUGGUAGUCAUUCGCUCGUACUACGCAGCACGGCUUGCCACUGGACGGGCGAUCAAAGGUCAUGAAUCUGCUCUAUUCCGUGCUGCCCAAGACGGUCGCACCAACGUGUUUGCAGUUUUUGGCGGGCAGGGCAACAUUGAAGAGUACUUUGAUGAGCUCAGGGAGCUGGCGGACGUGUACGAUGGCCUCAUCAACGACUUCCUCGAAUUGAUGGCUGAGCUUCUGCUCCAAUUGGUCGUCAAGAAGGAGGCCCAAGCAAACUACGGCAAAGGUCUUGACAUUCUCAACUGGUUGCAUGACGCAGCGAAAACGCCAGAUUUGGAUUACAUGGUUUCUGCACCUGUCAGUUUUCCCCUCAUCGGACUGACACAACUUGCUCACUACGCAAUCACCGCAAGGAUUUUGGGCAAGGAACCCGGGGCUCUGCGCGAUUUGAUUUCUGGCACGACUGGGCAUUCCCAAGGCAUUGUCACUGCAGUCUGUAUUUCCGCAUCGGACACCUGGGAGUCAUUCUUCAACAACGCAAGAAAGGCAGUUGAGAUACUAUUCUGGAUUGGUGCACGCUCUCAGCAAUCGUACCCUCGUACAACUCUCCCGCCAAGCGCACUGCAGGAUUCGUUGAGCUCAGGCGAAGGCACACCUACGCCAAUGCUCAGUGUUCGCGAUUUGAGUCAAACACUGGUCCAGAAGCAGAUUGACAUGACAAACGAGCAUCUGCCUAGCAAUCGCAAGAUUGCCAUUGCGCUCGUCAAUGGUCCCAAGAAUUUUGUCGUCACUGGACCGCCUCAGUCAUUGUACGGUCUGAAUCUGGGACUUCGCAAGUUGAAGGCAGAUCCUAGCGAGAACCAAGGACGUAUCCCUUUUUCACAGCGUAAGUUGCGCUUUGUGAACAGAUUCUUACCCAUCACCGCGCCAUUCCACAGCCAAUAUCUGAAACCCGCUGCCGAAGUUCUCUAUACUGACUGCGCCAACUUGACCUUCGACGGGCCUCUCGCUAUCCCCGUCUUUGGCACCGACACUGGCGAGAACAUGCAGGGCAUAUCUCCUUCGGAGCUUGUUAAACGCUUGGUGGACAUGAUUGAAUUCCUGCCUGUGGACUGGGUCAAAGCCACUCAAUUCCCAAAGGCCACACACGUUAUUGACUUCGGCCCUGGCGGAGUCUCGGGACUCGGUGGCCUCACGCAUCGUAACAAAGACGGCACAGGUGUCCGCGUUAUUCUGGCUGGCGCGUUCUCCGUUCAGGGUGGCGAAAUGGGCAGCAAGACCGAGCUGUUUGAUAGAGAGGAGGAGUCUGUCAAGAUAGCCGUUGACUGGGUGCAAAAGUUCUCCCCGCGCCUUGUCAAAACUGCUCAAGGUAAAGUCUAUGUUGAUACGCCGUUCUCCCGUCUCAUUGGGAAGCCACCCAUCAUGGUCGCGGGAAUGACUCCAUGUACGGUAGCUUGGGAUUUCGUGGCGGCAACUAUGAAUGCUGGCUAUCAUAUCGAGCUCGCUGGUGGUGGCUACUAUUCUCCUGCUGGCAUGACAGAGGCCGUGCGCAAAAUUCAGGAGUCUACUAUACCCGGCAGUGGUAUCACCCCCAACAUUAUCUACAUCAAUCCCCGCACGUACGCAUGGCAAGCACCUUUGGUGAAAACCUUGCGUGAGCAAGGCUAUGGGCUCGAAGGUGUAACAAUUGCUGCUGGUAUACCCUCGAUCGAAGUCGCCAAUGAGCUCUGUCAGACGUUGGGUGUCAAGCACAUCUCCUUCAAACCAGGCUCGUCGGAUGCAAUUCAACAGGUCAUUGCUAUCGCGAAAGCAAAUCCUACUUUCCCAGUCAUCCUACAAUGGACAGGCGGCAGGGCGGGCGGGCAUCAUUCUUUCGAAGACUUUCAUUCCCCGAUGCUGCAGAUGUACUCUGCCAUCAGGAGAUGCGAAAACAUCAUCUUAGUUGCAGGCUCUGGCUUUGGUGGAGCCGAAGAUACACUGCCCUACCUGACUGGCGACUGGGCUCUCAAAUUCAAUGCUCCACCAAUGCCAUUUGACGGAGUGCUGCUUGCCUCGCGAGUGAUGACUGCACUAGAAUGCAAGACUAGUCUUGGUGCCAAGCAGGCCAUUGUCGAUGCUCCGGGACUUGAUGACAAGGAUUGGGAGAAGACCUAUAAAGGCCCGGCAGGGGGCAUUAUUACUGUCCGAUCAGAACUAGGUGAGCCUAUUCACAAGCUGGCCACUCGCGGUAUCCUACUGUGGAAGGAGAUGGACGACACGAUUUUCAACCUGCCCAAGGAGAAGAAGCUUGCCGCUCUCACGACCAAGAAAGACUAUAUCAUCAAGAAGCUCAAUGCAGACUUUCAGAAAGUCUGGUUCGGUGUUACUGCGGACGGAAAAGCAUGUGAUCUCGAGGAUAUGACUUACUACGGCGUUGUCAUGCGCAUGAUCGAGCUCAUGUAUGUGAAGCACGAGAAGCGCUGGAUCGACAAGUCUCAUCGCAACUUGACUGGUGACUUCAUUCGCAGGAUUGAGGAACGUUUCACCCGCAUAGAAGGCAAGCCAUCCCUGUUGCAGAAUUUCUCCCAAUUGGAUGAACCCGUCGCCGCCGCCAAAGAAAUCUUAGCGCACUAUCCUGAAUGUGAAGUGCAGCUCCUCAACAUUCAGGAUGUUCAGCAUCUACUGAUUCUCUGUCAACGCAGAGGCCAAAAGCCGGUCCCGUUCAUCCCGGUGCUGGACGAGCAGUUCGAGGUAUGGUUCAAGAAGGACUCGCUAUGGCAAUCUGAAGAUCUUGAGGCCGUUGUUGGUCAGGACGUAGGACGCGUUGCCAUUUUGCAGGGUCCCAUGGCCGCCAAGCACAGUACCAAGGUCAACCAGCCCAUCAAAGAAAUUCUCGAUUCGAUCCACGAGCAACAUAUUGAUGCUUUGACAAAACAAUACUACGGCAAUGACGACUCUCAAAUUCCGGUCGUCGAAUAUUUCGGUGGUGCAGCCGCAACCGAUCACGGCCUUCAUUUGCCGUUCAGCCAAGGUCAAGGCAAGAAGUCUUUCAAGUUUCCACCCACCUCGUCUGGAGAACAGCUACCAGAUGUUGAGCCUUGGCUGCAGAUUCUAGCUGGUCCAAAAUUCUCGUGGCGACGCGCACUAUUGACGUCAGACAUCGUGGUACAAGGUACCGCCUUCCAAAAGAAUCCUCUGAAGCGUCUCUUUGCUCCUCGAUACAACACCACGUUUGUCAUCGACGACGAUGAAAACAUUGACAAGUCCGUCAUCACAGUCUUCGACAAGCGCCGCGGCCAAGAUGUGAAGGCUGUCACGGCAACAUAUGACGGCAAGAAGCAGAUUGUCGUCACAAUGUACGAAGAUCGCAAUGCCAGCGGCGAGCUUCUUGGCUUGCCUUUGCACUUUACGUACCACCCCGAAACUGGUUUCGCACCUAUUCGCGAAGUGAUGCAUGGCAGAAACGACCGUAUCAAAGACUUUUACUGGAGGCUCUGGUUUGCUGAGGCGCUCCCAGACAAUUUGGACGACGCUCCAGUCGAUUCGCAGACUUUCGAGGGGGGCGAAGUCACUAUCGAUGGUAAGGCUAUCGAGGACUUCUGUCAUGUCAUUGGAAAUGAGUCGGAAAGCUAUGUCAAGCGCGGCAACCAGCUUCGACAGGCCCCCAUGGACUUUGCCAUCGUCGUUGGCUGGAAGGCAGUCAUCAAGGCUAUCUUCCCAAAGGCAAUCGAUGGAGACCUUCUCAAACUAGUCCACCUUUCCAAUGGCUUCCGACUGCUACCCGGGGCAAAGCCUCUUGCGGAAGGCGACAAGGUCGGAACCUCAGCGCAGAUCAAUGCUGUGACCAACAGUCCAUCAGGCAAGACUGUCGAGGUGGAAGGGACAAUCUCCAUGCAGGGGAAGCCUGUUAUGCAAGUUUUGACAAGGUUCUUGUAUCGUGGCACAUUCACGGAUUACGAAAAUACCUUCAAGAAGUCGCAAGAAACGCCAGUGCAAGUCCAUUUGUCUUCGGCCAAGGAUGUCGAAGUCUUGCUAUCAAAAGAGUGGUUCCAGCCUUUCAAUCUCGACCACCCAUUGCUGCAUUCUACUCUCACCUUCCGCCUCAGUAGCUUUGUGCGGUUCAGCGACGCUGAAGUGUAUAGCCAUGUGACAACUUCUGGCACCGUCUGGAUGGAGCUUCCGACGAAAGAAGUCAUCCAGAUCGCUGCCGUCAAGUACGAGGCUGGUCGUUCUUACGGAAACCCUGUAACCGAGUACCUCAACCGCAAUGGUUCGCCAAUUGAGCAGCCAGUCUUGUUCGAAAAUGGAGGCUACAGUGUCAUCCAAAUUCCCGAUGCUGUGUACAGCUCAGUCUCCGUCACACCACCUUCCAAUUCACCCUACGCCGAGAUCUCGAGCGACUUCAAUCCUAUCCACGUGUCUCCCACAUUUUCAGCGUAUGUGGAGCUGCCUGGAUCGACGGGAAUUACUCACGGGAUGUUCACAAGUGCUUCGACUCGCAAGUUUGUUGAGACAUUUGCUGCAGAAAACGUUCCCUCGCGCGUUGUCUCGUAUGAUGUCUCCUUCAUGGACAUGGUUUUGCCAAACACAAAUCUCAAGACCAAGCUGUCGCAUACCGGCAUGGUCAACGGAAAGAAAAUCAUUAAAGUUGAGACGUUCAAUCAAGACACAGGUGCGAAGGUACUGGACGGCACGGCUGAAGUCGAACAGCCAUUGACUGCUUAUGUCUUUACUGGUCAAGGUUCUCAAGAGCAAGGCAUGGGCAUGGAUUUGUACGAAACGAGUGCAGUCGCCCGGGAUGUUUGGCAGCGAGCCGACCGUCAUUUUCUGGAAAAUUACGGCUUCUCCAUCAUCCACAUUGUUAAGAGCAAUCCAAAGGAACUGACCGUCCACUUCGGAGGGCCCCGAGGCCAGCGCAUCAAGAAGAAUUACACGAGUAUGGUGUACGAAGUGGUCGACGAGGCUGGCAACAAUGUUAGCAUGCCCAUUUUCAAGGAUAUCACCGAUGAGUCGACCUUCUACACAUUCAUCUCUCCGACUGGCUUGCUAUCGGCAACACAGUUUACUCAACCAGCGCUGACGUUAAUGGAGAAGGCUGCUUUUGAGGAUAUGAGGGCCAAAGGCUUGGUACAGCAAAACGCUUCAUUCGGUGGUCACUCACUUGGUGAGUACAGUGCUCUGGCUGCCAUUGCCAACGUCAUUCCUACAGAAGCCCUAGUGGACGUCGUCUUCUACCGCGGAAUGACUAUGCAGGUUGCUGUUCCCCGUGACUCGCAAGGGCGCUCGGAUUACGCAAUGAUGGCUGUCAAUCCUAGCCGGAUAGGCAAGACAUUUAACGAAGCUGCUCUGCGCUACGUCGUUGAGCAUGUUGCCGAGCAGACAUCAUGGCUGGUAGAGAUUGUCAACUACAAUGUGGAAAAUCAGCAGUACAUCGCAGCUGGCUCGCUGCUUGGGUUGGACACAAUCUCAAAUGUGUUCAAUGUCCUCAAAGUUCAAAAUAUCGAGCUCGACAAAUUGAUGAACACCAUGACUAUGGAAGACUUGAAAUCAAAGUUGAGCGAGAUUGUCGAUCUCUGCAAGGACAAGAGUCUGCAAAAGGCAAAGGCAUCUGGCGGUCGUCUGGAACUUGAGCGUGGUUAUGCCACUAUCCCACUCAAAGGCAUCGACGUUCCUUUCCACUCAUCUUUCCUUCGCAACGGUGUCAAACCGUUCCGGGCAUUCCUUGCAAAGAAAAUCCCGAAAACCCAAAUCAAUCCUGCUUUGCUCAUCAACAAUUACAUCCCCAAUGUGACCGCCAAACCGUUCGCAUUGACAAAGGAGUAUGUGCAAGAAUGUUACGAGUUGACUGGGUCGCCAAGGCUGAAGGAGAUCCUCAAGAAUUGGCGUUCGUAGAAUGCAAGGAGAUGCUGAUCUCUCAGUUCUAGACAGUAUACAGCAUUUUAGCUUCAUUUAUAGACGAGUAAGAGCAAUUUAUGGAAUGAUGUUUGACC